GCAACAUUCCGACGUGUACCUCCUCACGCUGUGCUUCCGGUCUCUCUUCUCCUCCUCGGCUCACAGUAGAGGCGUCUCGUAGGACUCUCCCGGCUCCUGUACCUCUCUCUCUUCCCUCCCUAACGGAAUACUCCUCUAGCCCAGCGGACAUGGCAUCUGCAGCAGCGGCACAAGUUCAGUCCAACCCAGCCUCAUCUCCACAGCUGCAGAGGGGAAUAGUGAAGAUGGUCUUGUCUGGUUGUGCGGUCAUUGUUAGGGGUCAGCCACGAGGAGGACCCCCUCCAGAACGGCAGAUCAACUUAAGUAACAUCCGAGCCGGAGCUCUCGCACGUCGCGCAGUUCAGGGUCAACCAGAUAACAAGGACACACCAGAUGAGCCUUGGGCUUUCCAGGCACGAGAGUUUUUACGCAAGAAGAUAAUUGGCAAAGAAGUCUGCUUCACCGUGGAGAAUAAAACCCCUCAGGGCAGGGAAUACGGCCUGGUCUACCUGGGAAAAGACCCCUCAGGAGAAAGUAUCGCUGAGUCCCUUGUGACCGAAGGUCUCGCCACAGUUCGUAGAGAAGGCAUCAGAGGAAACAACCCUGAGCAGGCCAGACUGUGUGAUUUGGAGGACCAAGCCAAGGCUGCUAAAAAGGGUUUGUGGUCUGAGGGUGGAGGUGCACACACCAUUCGAGAUUUGAAGUACACCAUCGAGAACCCCCGCAACUUUGUGGACUCCCUCCACCAGAAACCAGUCAACGCCAUUAUUGAACAUGUGCGUGAUGGCUGCAUAGUACGGGCGCUGCUUCUGCCCGACUACUAUCUGGUGACAGUCAUGCUGUCUGGAGUCAAGUGCCCUACACUUAAACGGGAGGCAGAUGGCAGCGAGACCCCCGAGCCUUUUUCAGCAGAGGCGAAGUUCUUCACGGAGUCCAGACUUCUUCAGAGAGAUGUGCAGAUCAUUUUGGAGUCUUGUCCCAACCAGGUCAUUCUGGGGACCAUCUUGCACCCGAAUGGGAACAUCACAGAGUUGCUGUUGAAGGAGGGCUUUGCACGUUGUGUGGACUGGUCCAUGGCUGUUUACACCCAGGGUGCUGAGAAACUCAGAGCGGCAGAACGAUCAGCGAAAGAGCAUAAAGUGAGAAUAUGGAAGGACUAUGUAGCUCCCACAGCCAAUCUGGACCAGAAGGACAGACAGUUUGUUGCAAAGGUGAUGCAAGUCAUGAACGCAGAUGCCAUUGUGGUGAAGCUGAACUCUGGGGAGCAUAAGACCAUCCACCUGUCCAGCAUCAGGCCCCCGAGGCUUGAAGACGAGGAGAAGAACAAGGACAAAGACAAGCGUUUCCGUCCACUCUAUGACAUUCCUUACAUGUUUGAAGCACGGGAAUUCUUGAGAAAGAAGCUCAUUGGCAAAAAGGUUAAUGUCACAGUCGAUUACAUCAGAGCUGCCACCAGUGCCAUGGAAAUGGGUGGUGUCCCGGCUUUCCCAGAGCGCACCUGUGCAACAGUGACCAUUGGGGGAAUAAACAUUGCUGAGGCUCUGGUCAGUAAAGGUCUCGCCACAGUGAUCAGAUACCGUCAGGAUGAUGAUCAAAGAUCUUCCCAUUACGACGAGCUCUUGGCGGCAGAGGCAAGGGCGAUAAAGAAUGGCAAAGGACUUCACAGCAAGAAAGAAGUGCCCAUUCACAGGGUGGCAGACAUUUCGGGGGAGACACAGAAGGCGAAACAGUUCUUGCCAUUCCUGCAGAGGGCAGGCCGCUCUGAGGCUGUGGUGGAGUACGUGUUCAGUGGCUCUAGACUCAAGCUCUACAUGCCCAAAGAAACGUGUCUCAUCACCUUCCUGCUCGCUGGUAUCGAGUGUCCCCGAGGGUCUCGAAACAUGCCAGGUGGGAUGCAGGUGGCAGAGCCGUACAGUGAGGAAGCCACGAUUUUCACCAAAGAGCUAGUUCUUCAGAGAGAGGUGGAAGUAGAGGUGGAAAGUAUGGAUAAAGCAGGAAACUUUAUUGGCUGGCUCCACAUCGAGGGUGUGCAUUUGUCCGUAGCUUUGGUGGAGAAUGCCCUGUCGAAGGUCCACUUCACUGCAGAGAGAAGCUCCUACUACAAGACUCUGCUGUCUGCGGAGGAAACCGCUAGACUGAGGAAAGAGAAGCUCUGGGCCAAUUAUGAAGAAAAACCAAAAGAAGAGGUGGCUCAGCUCACAGAGGAGAAGGAACGUGUGGCAAAAUACCGAGCCGUCUAUGUCACGGAAAUCACAGACGGACUGCACUUCUAUGCACAGGAUGUGGAGACCGGUACUAAGCUGGAGAGCCUGAUGGAGAGCAUGCGAGGAGAGAUAGCUGCCCAGCCUCCGGUAGAAGGAUCCUUUUCCCCGCGCAGAGGGGAUUUCUGCAUUGCAAAAUUUGGUGACGGAGAAUGGUACAGAGCUCGCAUCGAGAAACUUGAAUCUCCAGCAAAGGUUCAUGUUUACUACAUCGACUAUGGAAAUAGGGAGAUAUUAUCCUCCACACGUCUUGCAGCUCUUCCCCCAGCCUUCAGCACGCGUACACUUCCUCCACAGGCUACAGAAUACGCAUUUGCCUUCAUUCAGGUCCCACAGGAUGAAGACGCACGGACUGACGCCGUGGACAGUGUGGUCAGGGACAUUCAAAACACACAGUGUCUGCUGAAUGUUGAAUACAGUGGUAUUGUCUGCCCGCACGUCACGCUGCAGUUUGCUGACUCAAAAGAUGAUGUAGGUCUGGGUCUGGUGAAAGAAGGACUUGUAAUGGUGGACGUACGGAAAGAGAAGCACCUACAGAAAAUGGUGACUGAAUAUCUGAAUGCACAGGAAUCUGCCAAGAGUGCCCGGCUCAAUAUUUGGCGUUAUGGAGAUUUCCGUGAUGACGACGCGGAUGAGUUUGGGUACCGCCGCUAAGUCGUUGUUCCAAAGACCUUGUGGAAGACAAGAUACAUUCCUAGAGAACAUACAAAAAAAACUAAAAUCAUGAUAAACAAAACAUCAGUAUGCAUAAUUUUUUUUUAUUUUUUUUUUUAAUGUUGAACAUUUGCCUCUGUUU